CUUGCACACACCUCCCUCCUUAGCCUCAUAGUCAAAAGCGUUUUUUAGAGUGGGAACCUAACACUCUUGCACCAUGUCUGAGCGAAAAGUUUUGACCAAAUACUACCCACCGGACUUUGAUCCGUCGGCGAUUACACGAACAAAAAAGGUACCAGGAGCUCAAACCAAGCUUUUAACUGUUCGAUUAAUGGCGCCUUUCUCUAUGCGCUGUACAAGCUGCGGUGAAUAUAUCUACAAAGGACGAAAAUUCAAUGCGCGAAAGGAAACGACCGAAGAGAAAUACCUAUCCAUCACCAUCUAUCGUUUCUACAUUCGAUGCACUAGAUGCUCCGGCGAAAUCACAUUUAAAACGGACCCCAAAAACAUGGACUACGUCUGCGAGCGUGGCGCAAAACGAAAUAUCGAGCCCUGGCGCGACAAUAAAGCAGAUAACCAAAAUGAAACCGAGCAAGAAACCCUGGACCGGCUGGAGCGCGAAGAAAACGAGGAACGCGAACAGUUAGAACGAGAUAAGAUGGCCGAACUCGAAGAAAAAAUGCUUGACUCCAAACGCGAGAUGGCAGUUGCAGAUGCACUCGACGAAAUCCGCACUCGAAACGCACGCAUCGAACGAGGUGAAGCCCGAGGGGAGGAGGUGGCUUUGGCGCACGUGAAAGACGAGGUUGAUGAAGCUCGACUUCAGGCGGAAAGGGAGGAUGAAGAGGCUGCUCGCCGAGCAUUCAUGACAUCGACGGGUGAAAAGGUGAAACGGUUAGUUGAAGAGGAUCAGGUAGAUCGCGUUGACGACAAACCGAAAGAUGUACCCUCGGCCCCGCCAUCUUUCGCGCGAACAAAGAAGGCUAGAAAGCCAUUUUCGGCAGGCUUGGGGAUCAAGAAAAAGCCAUCUUUGGUUUGAAUUCUCGAUUUCCUCUAGGAGUUAUGUUACUGGGCUAAGUUUGAUAUCACGGAUGACAUUGGGCAGGGACUCGGCGUUCUUGUAACUAUAAUUAGAACUUUUAUAUAUACUUCAGGCAUGGACGAUAAUUAUCAAAUAUUAAUGGUUGCCAGGCGUUUUCGGUUACUUUACUUUCAUCACUACCUGCAGGGCCUUCAACCUUCUACAAGCGGACUAUCCUUAUCAGUUUCAACUUUGAAGCCAAGACAACUCUAGAUCACAGUAA